AUGGACAGUACGAUGAUACCAGCUGUCGUCCCAACUGAGUUGCGCGAGGCAUAUCGAAAUAGGUUGGGCCGAGUUGCCCAAAAUGUGUUGGCAAUAGUUGAUUUCGAUAUGAAAUUUAUAUUUGUUCACACUGGAUGGGAGGGAUCCGCGCAUGAUGCACGUGUGUUCCACCAUGCUGCAAGUGAUCCAGAAGCCCGUUUUCCAUGGCCACCAGAGGUUUGUAAUAUUGUAAAACGAACAUUUGGUGUUAUAAAAGAACGAUUCACCAUUCUCUCCAACAUGUCUCCAUAUUCGGUUGGGUGGCAAGGACUGAUUAUUACAGCGUGUUGUGCACUGCACAACUUUAUUAGAUCGGUCACUCCCGAUGACUGGAUAUUUCAAAUAUGGAGUACGAUGCAUUUACCAGUUAUUGAGCCUGCGGUUGGUGACGGGGCAUCCUCAUCUGCUCAUGUAGACUUGUCAACUGAAGCCCAAAACAAUAUGGCUGCGAUUAGAGAUGAGAUUGCCAUUUCUAUGUGGGAAGCAAGGGGUGGCCAUUGA